AAUACCAGCGUUGCUAUGUGGGAAUGGUCCAUAUCCGGACAAUAUCACGAGGCACUCGUAAAGCGGUUAUGCAAGCUGUGCAAAGUGCCGAGCAGACCAGUGCGUUGGCAUGUCAACGGUGCGCCAGGCACUGGGGAAGUCGCUGCAGAUAACAGCCUACACCGCGCCACAGCGUUUGCUGCUGUGUACAACUUUGAAACUGCCGCUGAGCCCCUGUUUCUCAAUCGCCUGUCCUGCCAUGCCGACGACCGAGGCCUACCUCCUCGUAACACUUACGACAGUCUGUGCCCGGUGCCGUUGCAUCCUGCCAGAAUUGUUUCUACUCUGAAGACGGACAGUGCCGGAGCGGGCUGUCCUCGAGACGUGCCGUCGAUAUUGCGGGGUCUUGCCAGAGCAUCUUCCGUCGCCAAUGAUCGUCCACUACCACAAAGACGCAGAAGAGGGCUCCCCGGACGAUGAUUCCACAGUCAACACGAUACG